AUGACACAUUGAUACGUUCUAUUUGAAAAGGCUUACACAGAAUACCGCCUAAAUAGAAUCAAUGAUGCGUUGAAAACCUUGAACGAAGCAGAUCCCGAGGACCUACGGAUACUCGAGCUUAAGGCGCAAGUGGACGAUUUCGGAGAGGAGCGUCUCACAAAUUUAGCUGCCGUGGCUGCUGCGGCAGCAUGCUUCGGCGACGAACAUCUGGAUCUUGACGUGAGCCCAGAUAUGUAUGAGGGCAAGUUCAACUUGGCCUGUUAUCACCUGGGUAAGGGUGAUCAGGAGUUAGCUCAGCAAAUGCUGGAAGAAUCUGAAGGUAUUCUACUUCUGUUCAUUAUCAUAAUUUUCACCUUAGACACAUGCCGUAAUGCACUGGCUGAGGAUCCCGAAAUAACUGAAGAAGAAAUAAAUGAGGAAUUAGCUCCAAUUAGAACUCAACAAGCUUUUAUAUUGCAAAAGCAAAAGAAGGAGGAUGCUGCCAACCAGAUCUAUCAAUCCGUCGCUCGCAUUCGGAAUCACGUUUAUUUAUUUAUUAAUUUCUGUCUCAUUUGUCCCGCUCCUCAAUUUAUAUUUUGCUUACGUACUAGAACGGCCGAUCCGGCACUGUUGGCCGUGGCUGCGAACAAUAUUGUGUGCAUCAAUAAAGAACAGAACAUUUUCGACAGUCGUAAAAGGAUUAAAACGGCCUCAGUUGAUGGAUUACAACACAAGCUUUUCACCAAACAACGUGAACAAAUCCUGAUUAAUCAAGGAUUAUUUCACUGGCAUACUAAUCAGGUUGAUGCAUGUCACGUCAAGGUUCGAGACGUGUUGCAUCAGAAUCCGCGUUCCGUUCGCGCGCUGUUACUGCAAGUCACUCAAAUGCUUAAAGAGAAACAGAGCGAGCGUGCGCUCAAAGUGUUACAGGAUCAGUGCGAUUCGGACCAACCGGUGGAGGACGUGGCAUCCAUUAAUCAGCUGAAACUCACUCUGGCCCAAUUGCUCUUGCGCGUCAGCAAAAACAGUCCCCAGUCUUUCACCGGUCUACCCCGAUCAGAGCAAGCUCUCUCGGUAGCAGACUAUUUGGAACGCUCUUUACCUCCGGCAUUGCUGUAUAGCCCUGGAGUAGUGUCCACAUGUGUGGCACUGUAUCUUAUUGCAUCCAGUGGAGACGGGACUGAUGGAUUGAAGCGUGAAGAAGCUUUGAAUAGAUGCGUUCAAUUGAUGCAAUCUACACUAAACUGGUUUGAAACAAACGAUGAAAACGAUCCCAUUUACGCCCAUCUAUUGGACCGUUGUGCUAAUUUUCUCCUACAAAACGGUAAACCGGAAUUGGCUGCAGAUCUAUGCGAACGGCAACUAGCCCGACUAGAGCGUGACUCAAAUCCUGACGACGAGCGCCAAUCCGCCGCUCGAAUGGCUCUUAUUGCACGCUUGGUUCGUGCCUAUGCACAGUUUGAUCGACCAAAAGCGGAGGCAUCUUGCAGAUCUCUGGAGUUCAAAGACAAAAUUACCGAGGCAGACGUGGACACACUGGAGUCCGCAUUCCUAUACGGUGCUAAGGCAAGCCGACGGCAAGGUCGUACAGGAGAUCAAGCGACCCAAGAAAAUGUGAAAUCCAUCGGGAAAUCCAAGCGUAAUUUGCAACCUACUCCUGCUCCUGGCUCAACCGACGUAGGAACUCCAGCUGAGAUUACUAAACGCAAACGUCGACACAAGAAACGCCCCGUUCGACUACCCAAAAACUACCAACCCGGUGUUAUGCCUGAUCCCGAUAGAUGGCUGCCACGUCGUGAGCGUGNGCGUGCAGGUUAUCGGGGCAAACGGCGAAAUAAGCGACAGACCAAUCUGCGUGGUCCACAGGGUCAGGUUUCCGGAGGUGCUGAAUGGUAA